UGCAAGCUGCCCCCGGGGCGCUGGUGCUGUCAGAGCGGGUGUGAGCUCGGCUGGUCGCAGAGGGCACCUGUGGCUGCAGGACUGCGCCAAGGGACCCUGAGACUCGAAAGCAGGGCCCCACGGUGUGGGUUAUGCUGGGGGCUUGGAUCGCCGCGGACAACUGGACACUCAAGGCAGCACCAUGGCCGAUCUGCAGGAGGAUUACGAAGAGGAGCUGGAGGAGAUUAUGGAGCUGGGGGAAUAUGAAGAACCAAUCGUCUCCGUGCCCGAAGAGGCGGAGCCAGCAGUUGACCUCACUGAGCUGACAGCCCCAGACUACGCCACCGCAUCGCAGCCGGGCACGCACGAGGUCUACGUGCAGCUGCAGGAGCUGGUGAUGGACAGGAAGAACCAGGAGCUGCAAUGGAUGGAGGUGGCACACUGGAUGCGACUGGAGGAGAACUUGGGUGAGGACGGGGCCUGGGGCCGCCCGCACCUGUCUUACCUCACCUUCUGGAGCCUCCUGGAGCUGCAGAGAGUCUUUGCCAAGGGUACUGUCCUCCUGGACCUGCCGGAGACCUCUCUGGCCGGAGUGGCCAACCAACUGCUGGACAGGUUUAUCUUCGAGGACCAGAUCCGGCCUGAGGACCGAGAGACGCUGCUCCGGACCCUGCUGCUCAAACACAGCCAUGCCGGAGACCUAGAGAACCUGGGAGGUGUGGAGCCUGCGGUCCUGCAACGCUCUGGGGAUGUGUCACAGCCACUGCUCCAGCAACAACCCUCGCUGGAGACACAGCUCUUCUGCCAGCAGGGAGAGGGGGGCCCUGGAGGGCACUCGCCAUCUGAAAUUCUGAAAGAGAUUCCCCCGGAUGCAGAGGCCACCCUGGUGCUAGUGGGCCGUGCCGCCUUCCUGGAGCGGCCAGUGCUGGGCUUCGUGCGGCUGCAGGAGGCCGCGCGGCUGGAGGAGACCACACAGCUCCCGGUGCCUGUGCGCUUCCUCUUCGUGUUGCUGGGGCCCGAGGCGCCCCACACCGACUACACCCAGCUCGGCCGGGCUGCUGCCACCCUCAUGUCAGAGAGGGUGUUCCGCAUAGAUGCCUACCACGCCCAGGGCCGGAGGGAGCUGGUGCGCUCCCUGGAGGGCUUUCUGGACAGCAGCCUGGUGCUGCCCCCCACAGACACCCCCUCCGAGCAGGCCCUGCUGAGUUUGGUGCCCGUGCAGAAGGCGCUGCUCCGGAAGCGCUACCUACCCAGCCCUGCCAAGCCAGACCCCGGCUUCUAUAAGGGCCUAGCCGUGGCUGAGGACUCAGGGGGCCCUGAAGGCCCAGAGGACCCCCUGCAGCGGACAGGCCGGCUCUUCGGGGGCCUGGUACGUGACAUCCGGCGCCGCUACCCCCAUUACCUGAGUGACAUCACAGACGCACUGAGCCCCCAGGUCCUGGCUGCCGUCAUCUUCAUCUACUUUGCUGCCUUGUCACCCGCCAUCACCUUCGGUGGCCUCUUGGGAGAGAAGACCAGGAACCAGAUGGGGGUGUCGGAACUGCUCAUCUCUACUGCAGUGCAGGGCAUUCUCUUCGCCAUGCUGGGGGCUCAGCCCCUGCUUGUGGUUGGCUUCUCGGGCCCCCUGCUGGUGUUCGAGGAAGCCUUCUUCUCGUUCUGCGAGAGCAACGGCCUGGAGUACAUCGUGGGCCGCGCCUGGAUUGGCUUCUGGCUCAUCCUGCUGGUGGUGCUGGUGGUGGCCUUUGAGGGCAGCUUCCUGGUCCGCUUCAUCUCUCGCUAUACCCAGGAGAUCUUUUCCAUCCUCAUCUCCCUCAUCUUCAUCUAUGAGACCUUCUCCAAGCUGAUCAAGAUUUUCCAGGACCAUCCACUGCAGAGGAACUAUAACUCCAGUGUGCUGACAGUGCCCAAUCCUCAGGGCCCCCUGCCCAACACAGCCCUCCUCUCCCUUGUGCUCAUGGCUGGCACCUUCUUCUUUGCCAUGAUGCUGCGCAAGUUCAAGAACAGCUCCUACUUCCCUGGCAAGCUGCGUCGGGUCAUUGGGGACUUCGGGGUCCCCAUUUCCAUCCUGAUCAUGGUUCUGGUGGAUUUCUUCAUUGAGCAUACCUACACCCAGAAACUCUCGGUGCCCGACGGCCUCCAGGUAUCCAACUCCUCCGCCCGGGGCUGGGUCAUCCACCCGCUGGGUUUGUUUUCUCCCUUCCCCAUCUGGAUGAUGUUCGCCUCCGGCCUGCCUGCACUGCUGGUCUUCAUCCUCAUAUUCCUCGAGUCCCAGAUCACCACGCUGAUAAUCAGCAAACCCGAGCGCAAGAUGGUCAAGGGCUCCGGCUUCCACAUGGACCUGCUGCUGGUUGUGGGCAUGGGCGGGGUGGCCGCCCUCUUUGGGAUGCCCUGGCUCAGCGCCACCACAGUGCGUUCUGUCACCCACGCCAAUGCCCUCACCGUCAUGGGCAAGGCCAGCACCCCAGGGGCUGCGGCCCAGAUCCAGGAGGUCAAGGAGCAACGGAUCAGCGGGCUCCUGGUCUCUGUGCUUGUGGGCCUGUCCAUCCUCAUGGAGCCCAUCCUGUCGCGCAUCCCCCUGGCUGUGCUGUUUGGCAUCUUCCUCUAUAUGGGUGUCACAUCCCUCAGCGGCAUCCAGCUCUUUGACCGCAUCUUGCUUUUGCUCAAGCCACCCAAGUACCAUCCGGAUGUGCCCUACGUCAAGCGGGUGGAGACCUGGCGCAUGCACCUGUUCACGGGCAUCCAGAUCAUCUGCCUGGCGGUGCUGUGGGUAGUGAAGUCCACACCCGCCUCGCUCGCCCUGCCCUUCGUCCUCAUCCUCACUGUGCCCCUGCGACGCUUCCUGCUGCCACUUAUCUUCAAGAACCUGGAGCUGCAGUGUCUGGACGCAGAUGAUGCCAAGGCAACCUUUGACGAGGAGGAAGGUCUGGAUGAAUAUGACGAAGUGGCUAUGCCCGUGUGAGGGGCAGGCCCAGGCCCCAGACCCCCUAUUCUGCUUCCACACCCUCCCAGGAGAAGCUGAAGUUCAUGGGCAUCUCAUGGACUCCAGCCCCCUCCUGGGGCAGCAGCUGAGGCCCCAGGGCUGUGGGUGGGGAAGGAAGGGGUGUCCAGGAAACCUUCCACAGAGGGCAGACUGGCUUUCCUGGCUGGAGAUGGCUGACAGGACCCACAUUAGGGGAUCUGCUCCACUGUCCCUCCUGUUGCCACACUGCCACGGGGGUCCCCUGCUAGAAGACUUAGAUCUGACCCCCACCUCUUCAUGGCACAGACAGGGGCAGAAGCAAAGGAGGGAGGUAGGGGUGGUGGUGCUUGUUGUGUGACCUUGGGCAAGUCUCUUAACCUUUCUAGCCUAUACUUCCCCUUCUGUAAAAUGGGCAUAUUGAUAGUAAUACCCACGUUACAGGAUGGUAGUCAUCAUUCUUCUUUGACUGCCCAAGGUCACACAGCUCCUGAGCAGCGCAGCUGGAAUUUGAACCAGGCCUUCUGACUUUGACAGAGCUCUGUCCUCUGUCAGUCACCUGCCUUCCCUUCCCUUCCCAGAAGUGGCCCUGCUGACACCUUCCUCCCCCACUGCUCCCAACCCCUACCUCAAGACCCCCUUUUCUGGGGCCAGAGAGAGGUGUCCGGGGAGGGAUAGGUGGGGGUGAGGAUCCAAACGGGCCCGGGCCAGGACUCAGGGCUCCUAGGUGCCUGCUCCUUCCCUCCAAGCGCUCAUUAAUUCACUCAUUCAUUCAUUCCACAAACAUUUACUGAGGGCACUCGACCCUGUGGACACAGCGGGGACUGAGACAAGACCCUGCCCUGGGGUGGGGGUAGGGGGCAAGGCACAGUCUGUCCUAGAUUUAGAUGGGAGGU